CUAAGAAUGUCUUGGGAUGCUUAUGUGACAAACUUGACAGCCAAUGGCGCACUUGAAUUUGCUGCCAUCAUUGGACUUGAUGGAAACAUCUGGGCUAGCAAUUUCGGAGUUGCCGUCCUCCCAUCUUAUUAAACCGAAGUGCCAGAUGAAAAAAAUCCAGACAUCACAGCUAAAGUCGCUUAUGAUGAAAAGGCUGCUUUUGUUCAUGCCCUCACUCACAAAGGAGAGACAGGAAACGCUGCUGGAGUCAGAAUCAACAACCAAAAGUAUUACACAAUUUAAUUUGAUGGUGAAGCCAAGAGCUGGUACUUAAAGAAGGUAUAUCAAAUAUUCAUUAUCUUAGAAUAAAGGUGGAGCUUGUAUUGCUUGGUCUAAUACAGCUGCUGUCUUUGCUUCAUUCUCCCAAACCAUCAAUGCUGAAAAUGGAGCUCCUUAGAAUGCUAGUGAUUGCAACAAACGUGUCUUGGAUAUGGCAAAAUACCUUGCUGAAUCUGGAUAUUGAGUAUUUAUGUUCACACAAACAAUUAUAAAUACAUUCCUUC